UCGAACCAUUCGAGCUACGACUCAGUACGGUUCGGUACGUUUCGAGCGUAGGUAGGAUAUAGUAGUACCCGAAACGCGCGCGUCCCGUAGUUCACAUCACGUUUCACGCCUGCCGGAACCGUGAUCGACGGAGCAGCAAUCUGCUGGUGCAAAUAUUUGACUGGUGGUAAAAACGGAGACGUGCCAAACGGUAAACUCGGUCACAUCGCAGUUCCUCAGCGCGGAGAUAAAGAUCCAACCUUGUCGAUAUUGUUUUAUUGGUAGGUGAUAGGGUGGCUGCUUUCGUCAGCCGGCUCGAGCGACAACAACAAUGAGCAAUGCCGUCGGACGCGCGUCGCUGCAGCAGACGACGACUUUGGACACGGUCCAACGGAAUGGGGGUGGUGCUGGUGGCGAUGACGCCAACAGAGGCCACCUGAACCAAGCGUUCGAGCUGACAGAUGUCGAAAGCGCCAGCAAGCAGCGACCAGGUGCUGAUGGCGGUAAAUCGACCCACCUACAGCACGACGAACCCGGCGGUGGUGGUGGACAUGGAAUCGACAGCGAUCAUCCGACGUCCUACCUGGAGACGAUGAUGCACAUCUUCAAGGGUAACGUCGGUCCGGGGUUGUACGCCAUGGGUCAGGCCUUCUUGAAUGGAGGCAUCAUUGCGGCGCCCAUUCUGACCCUACUUUUGGGAAUCAUCUGCGUUCACAGUCAGCAUCUUUUGCUGAUUUGUGCCAAAAGAAUGAAAGCAAAGUUACCAAACUCGAGCCAACUACCGGACUUUGCGGAAACGGUCGAGCUUUGCUUCAUCCACGGUCCAGUGCGAUUCCGCCGGUGGGCUCGAGCAAUGCGACUCUCGGUUAACGUGUUCAUCUGUGUCACCCAGCUGGGAUUCUGCACCGUCUAUUUCGGAUUCAUCAGCAAUAAUCUCAAACACAUUCACGAUUUCUACGGCAUCCACUUGGACGUGCGGCUGCACAUGCUCAUCAUCCUGGUUCCGAUUCUACUUCCCUCGAUGAUCCGUAAUCUCAAGUAUCUGGCUUGGUGCAUGACGCUGGCGAACGCCUGCAUGAUCCUAGGCAUCUGCAUUACCGCGUACUACGCGGUCCAAGAUUUACCGUCGAUUAGCGAACGGCAUUACUUCAGCAGCUGGCGUCAGUUGCCACUUUACUUCGGUACGGCCAUCUUCGCCUUCGAGGGUAUCGCACUCGUACUACCGCUGCAUAAUGCCAUGCGAAAUCCGGACGAUUUCGGUCGACCCCUCGGAGUGCUGAAUGUUGGUAUGGCCGCUGUGACGCUGAUCUUCGCUUCGCUUGGCUUCCUGGGUUACCUCAAGUGGGGAGACGAUGUGAAAAGUAGUUUGACCUUGAACCUACCGAAGGAGGAAAUACUGGCACAGUCGGUCAAAGUGAUGGUCUCUUUGGGUAUUCUCCUGGGCUAUGCGUUGCAGUUUUUCAUAGCAAUUCAGAUUAUGCUACCAUCGGUGCUAAGGAGGGUUCGCUGGGGCAAAAGUUAUCCGGUGCUAGUGGAGCUGUGCUUCCGAACGGCGAUGGUUCUGGUGACGUUUGCCAUCGCAGAGAGCGUCCUCAACGUUGGAGCUCUGAUUUCGCUGAUCGGAGCGCUCUGUUCCACGGCACUGGCGCUAGUUUUUCCACCUGUCCUGCAGCUGAUUCUUGGAAUGGCAGAAAGCGAAUGUCAACCAGCGUUGAGUAACGCUAACCGCAUUGGAUGGUUCGUUUGGACAAAGAAUCUAAUGAUACUGGUGCUGGCGUUGUUCAUCUUUGUGACAGGCACCGUGGAAAGUUUGGACGAAAUUCGACAUCUCCAUUGAAAACGUGUGAUAUUAGUGUAGUGUAGUGUGAGAAUGGUUAUUUUUUAUGACAUUUUACUGGCACUGGAACCUGAAUGUUUCUGUUUUAAUCCGUUUUUGCUUUGUGUUACAGCUCUAAGAUCGAGAUCACAGGAACAAAAACUAUUGAAGUUGUGUAGGUUUAUAGUAUGAAAAUAAAACAACGGAAUGUAAUCUCAUUUCGUGAUGAAAAAAUCA